UUCGUCUUGACCUGUUUGGCCCAAGGUUACUUUACCAUUUAACGAAGGUAUUAAAGUUGUAAUGAUUUAUAUACGGAACGAGCUUGACAGUACGAAAGACUUGAGCAGACGGAAGCGCAAAAACCCAAGGAAUACGUCCACAACGUCAGGCUCCCAUGGGGAAUGGAGUCGCAACUAAUUUCACAGUUUAUGUCAAACACAAGCAGUGAUACAGAAACAGCGAUAACCUGCUUGCAAGCCAGUGGCUGGGAUUUGAAAAAUGCUAUUGAGCUCUUUCUGGAAAAUGGGGGCAAUGUUAGAACUACUUGGGAAGAAAAUGGCAACAUCCGACCAACACUCCGCAAAACUCCUGCUGUUGAUUUAGCUGACUUGAAGAAACUUUCAAGAGGAAUCUCAAGAGCAACAGACAAUGUGAAGUUGGUCUCGCGUGCCCGCUCAGAUAUUGCUCACGAGUUUGGAGAUACUGCAGUUUGCAACGUUAAUCAGUUUUUCAUCGAGACACCUGUAUGCACUUUCACUUUGCCGGAUUUGACAGUGUAUCCUGAAGAUUUCCGUACAUUUUUGGAAAAGGAUCUGAUUGAAACAUCAACCCUACAGUCUUUGGAAUCUGCUGGUAGACUUAAUUGGUGGGUUGAGCUUGGAGCAUGUCAGUCUCUGUGGCCACUUGCUACGUCUGGAGAUGGAAAUUGUUUGUUGCAUGCUGCAUCACUUGGAAUGUGGGGCUUCCACGAUAGACUGCUGACUCUGCGACGUGCUCUUCAUGGUUUCUUAUCGGGUUCUCCAUGCCGUGAAGCUUUGUAUCGACGCUGGCGAUGGCAACAGACACGUGCUAAUCUAGCUGCAGGUCUUGUAUAUACUGAGGAGGAAUGGCAACGUGAAUGGGACAGCAUAAUCAGCAUGGCUUCAACUCAGCCACGGAAGUCAAUGAAUCGCAGACGCAGUUCCAUUCUUAUGGAGCGUUCCCUGGAGGAGAUACCAGAAAAUGCAACGUAUGAGAGCCUUGAAGAAGUUCACGUACUUGCAUUAGCACACGUGCUGCGGAGACCUAUAGUUGUCAUUGCAGAUGUGAUGCUGAAGGAUAUGAAUGGAGAGGAUCUUGCCCCAAUCCCAUUUGGAGGGGUCUACCUACCGCUGGAGUGCCCUCCAGCGGAUUGCCAUCGUUCCCCUCUCGUACUGGCAUAUGACUCUGCUCAUUUUUCAGCUCUAGUUGUGAUGGAACGAAAUUCAGAUGUCGUUCAACCACCAGCUGCUGUGCCUCUGAUAAGUUCUGACAGACAGCUUCUUCCUAUACAAUUUGCUGUGGAUCCUGGUGAGCAGCUGGUAUGGGGUCGUGAUGAGUCCCAACCCCAUUUGGUACGAAAACUCAGUCUUGCUCCAAGAGACCAACUCGGUCUUUUGGCAGAAUAUUUGGAUGUGAGAGAACUUCCUCCAGGUCCUGAUUCACCACCAGAAUCCACCGAUGAUGGCUGCGACAUUGAGAAAAGGUUUUCUGAGAUGGCUUCUGACAGUGAUCCCAGUGAUGAAGGUGUGGCCUUUGGAGGGAAAGCAGCGAGGCAGUUCCAGACAGCAGUAGCAAAACAGUUUGGCAGCCUUAGCCGUCGAUUGAGAAAGAACUUUGGAUCACUUACGAGAGCAUCUAAAGUCAAUGCCCAAAAGAAAGACACCCCACUUAAUAAUCAGCAACAGGAGCGUGUAAUAUGUGCCCUUUUGCACACAGAAAAGAGGCAUGCUUACCAAGCAGAAAUGAUACGCAACUACUUGGCUUGUGCUCGUGCCCGAUUUGAGCUCCAGCAACAGAAGCAGUUACAACCUCGGCAGUCUUUUCAGUCUGAGGCUCAUCCUGGUUCUACGGUCGCUACUUUCACUUCUGCACCAAAUACAGGAGUAAUGUAUGGGGCUGGACGCUCCCGCUUCUAUGCAACUGAAAUGAUGCGUCCCUCAGUUGAGACUCUUCCUCAUCAAAAGGCACCUGGUGCUUGUGCGAAUGGACGUACUCUGUUCCUUGCCAAAUCGACAUUUUAUGAUGAUGAGGCAUCACAUUCUUAUGUUGCACCAUCGGAAAUAGUCAGUGGGAGACACACACAUGUGGCAACACUGACUUCUCCACAACUUCCGAAAGCCGGCCACGGAGUGGAACUGCCACAUGUUGAAAAAGCUGGCACUCCGUGUAGAAAUAAUCACUGCCAUUUCUAUGGCUCGCCAGACUCUGACCACUAUUGCUCACGAUGCUAUCGUGAGAACACAGUAACUGGUGUGAAUACAGCAGCAGUGCGCAGUCUGCAAGUACAGGAAGUCAAUCGAUAGUGCACCAUACUCACUUUUGUUCCUUUGCAUCCCUAAAAGGGACUACAAAUAUAUUUAGCUGUACUGUAAAUAAUGUUAAUGAGCUUUAAUGAUGGUCAAUAUUCCCUGAGAAAUUGCUGCAUACCAUUUCGUAGAUAGCAUAUUUUUAAACAUCUAUUUUCAUAUCAUUGGAACUGUAGGCAUUUAGCAUUACAUUUGCACUUGCAUAACUUUGAUUGUACCCAAAGUUGUGUGCCAGAAGUUAUGUAAGAUUAAUACAUAGUUGUUGUCAGUGGCAGAUAUGGAGCCUGUCCAUGUUACUGAAGCACCUGCAGGUUUCAAAUGAGUACUGCAAUCUUGUGAUUGGUGUGUUUAUUCAAGCAUCCUCUCAGAAACCAAUUUUUGUUAUGAUGUUGACCGUAACAUCACUUUGUAAUGGCCUUAGACAGAUUUAUACUGGUAUCAUUGUUAUGAUGUUGACCGUAACAUCACUUUGUAAUGGCCUUAGACAGAUUUAUACUGGUAUCAUGUGCUAUGCAUAAUUUGAUGCUGUAUAUUGAAAGUGAAUAUGAAAAUAUUUGUGUGUUCAGAUAAUUUUCAUUUCGUGUAUCUGUUGUCGUAUGGUAUAUAAAAGUAACAUGUCUUGGUACUCUGAGUCAGAAUGGGUAACUUCCUAAUCAACUUUUACAGUGCAGUUAUUUAGUAUCUCUCUUUUGUUUAAAGAGUUUGUGUGAAGUUGCAACUGUAAUACACUUCUUUGUAACUUGUAGCAGAUGGAAUAACUGUGCAGUGUUGUGCACUCACAUGAUUUACAUAUUCAUUAUGGUUGUUGGAAGAAUUGUCCAUCACUGGGCGAAUAUAAUAUGGAUCAAAGGUAGUGUGGCAAGUUUAGUGGCCCAGAAAGUACUUCAAAGCUAUUUUUAAAAAGAAACUAUUUAAGAAAAGCUUGUCUCUUGAUUAACCCUUAAGGCAUCUACCUACCUUAUAGCAACUUAACAGGGUAUUGUUAUGCUCUUCAACCUAAAAUAUAUUUUAAGAAGACAUGUGCCUGGAGAGCUUCUUAUUGUGAUAAAAUAGGUUAUUUUGAAUAUCCAUAUACACAGUUUUGUUCCUUUUAAAUCUUGUUUGAAUAUUAGAACAUUAGGAUAAAUGUUAGGAUUUGUACCUGAGUGGUGUUUACACCUGCCACAUGCAGGUGAUAUAAAUUUUUCUUGUUUUUAUUGUAAAGGACCAUUCAGUCCUUUGUGCUGUUCCAAGCAAGGAAAAUUUGAACGUUUUAGUGACUUAGUCAUAAUUUUUAUUAUAAAUUUUCAUUCACUGGUAGUAUCAGGCUUUUAAAUGUUGCUUAUAAAGCUUGAUUUUGUGUUGUUGAACUUUUUAGUUAUUCUGAAUAGUAAAGAAAUAUGCAGUAAGUGGCAAUCAUACUGCUUUUGUUAUCUAAGUGGUGAAGAACAUUAGAUUAGCAUUAGUACAAUGUCAGAUGCUCUGGGUAUUUUUACAAGUGUUUUAAUACUUUUCUACUUAAUGUUUAGCUGUAAAAAAAUUUUUUGAUUUUAUAUUUGUAAUGUAUGUAAUCAAACAUGUGAAUUUAAUCUGUGAUAAGACAAUGAGCAUUACACAAUAAGCUUUUAAAAUGUUGCAUGUAAUUAAGUAUUAAUAGGAACCUCAACCUGAGGGUAUUGUCCUUGCCAUUGGACAUUUGCUUGAAAAUGAACCAAUCUGUUUUGUAUUGUGUAACUGUCUUCCAGUUUUAAAUAUUGAAAACAAUUUGUUGUGUUUUACUUGGAGAAUGUAUUAUGAUGUGUUUACAACAAGUGUCCUGACAAUAUAAAUUCCAAAACUGACCAUA